CCUGGAGCCGAGUUGAACAGGAGCCUCGUGCGUGAACGGGAGAGCGAGCUCACAUCUUUCAGUGGCGAAUGCUGCACGGAGUUAUGUACCUCGCGCUGCCUUGCCCUCUGAACUGCCUGCCGUCAUGGAUUGCAACCCGCGCGCGAAACCAAUACUACUUUUUAUUUUACUGUUCAUCUUGUCGUUUAUCCGCUCAGCACUUCUGAUCAUCCACCCGUCCAAUGAAGUGAACCUGUUGGACUCCAAAGCCAGCCAGGGGGAGCUGGGAUGGAUCUCCUACCCAUCACAUGGGUGGGAGGAGAUCAGCGGAGUAGAUGAGCACUACACUCCCAUCAGGACCUUCCAGGUGUGUAACGUGAUGGAGUACAGUCAGAACAACUGGCUGAGGACCAACUGGAUCCCCCGCCAGUCGGCCCAGAAGAUCUACGUGGAGCUAAAGUUCACCCUGAGAGACUGUAACUCCAUCCCCCUGGUCCUGGGGACCUGCAAGGAGACCUUCAACCUGCUGUACAUGGAGACAGACGAGGACCAGGGCAGUCACUUCAGAGAACACCAGUUCUCUAAGAUCGACACCAUCGCUGCAGACGAGAGCUUCACCCAGAUGGACCUGGGGGACCGCAUUCUGAAGCUCAACACGGAGGUCCGGGAGGUGGGGCCUGUUACGAAGAAGGGCUUCUACCUGGCGUUCCAGGACGUGGGGGCGUGUGUGGCCCUGGUGUCAGUCAGGGUCUACUUUAAGAAGUGCCCAUUCAUUGUGAGGAACUUGGCCUCCUUCCCUGAUACCGUGCCAAUGGACUCUCAGUCAUUGGUGGAGGUGAAGGGCUCGUGUGUCAAUCACUCCAAGGAGGAGGAGCCACCGCGUAUGUACUGUAGUACAGAGGGGGAGUGGCUAGUGCCCAUAGGGAAGUGUCUGUGUAACGUUGGCUAUGAGGACAGAGGGAGCUCCUGCCAAGCAUGCAGAGCAGGGUUCUAUAAGUCUCUGCUGGGUAACGUCCAGUGUUCUAAGUGUCCACCCCACAGCUUCACCCAUCAUGAGGGAGCUCUACACUGUGGCUGUGAGAAAAACUACUUCCGUGCUGAUGGAGACCCGCCAUCUAUGGCCUGCACACGUCCUCCCUCCGCUCCUCGUAACGUGAUCUCAGUCAUCAAUGAGACCUCAGUGAUUCUGGACUGGUCCUGGCCGGAGGACACGGGAGGUCGUAAGGACGUUACCUUCACCGUGCUGUGUAAGCGCUGCAGGCAGGGCCAGAGGGUGUGUGAGGCGUGUCGCAGUAAUGUGCGGUUCCUCCCCCGUGCUGCAGGCCUGCAGAACACUACCGUAACCGUGGGAGACCUGCUGGCUCACACCAACUACACCUUCGAGAUCGAAGCUCAAAAUGGAGUGUCCCAGUUAGCCCCAACAAUGAGGCAAUAUGCUGCUGUGACCAUCACUACCAACCAAGCAGCCCCUUCUCCAGUGACUGUGAUCAGGAAGGACCGUACGUCUCGUAACAGCAUCUCUCUGUCCUGGCUGGAACCAGAGAGACCCAACGGCAUCAUACUGGACUACGAGGUCAAAUACUACCAGAAGCAGGAGCAGGAGACCAGCUACACCAUCCUGCGCUCUAAGGGUUGUAACGUGACGUUGGGCGGUCUAAAGGCAGACACCUCCUACCUGCUCCAGAUCAGGGCCAGGACUGCAGCAGGCUACGGAGCCAGCAGCGGGAGCUUUGAGUUUGAGACAAGCCCUGACUCGUUCUCUAUCUCCAGUGAGAGUAGUCAGGUGGUGUUGAUAGCCAUCUCUUCCUCUGUAGCCAUUAUUUUGCUCUCCAUCCUCCUCUACGUGGUGAUUGGCAGGUUCUGUGGCUACAGCAAGUCUAAACAGCCUGAUGAAAAGAGACUGCACUUUGGCAACGGUCACCUGCGUCUGCCAGGAAUAAGGACCUACGUAGACCCUCACACCUAUGAAGACCCCAGUCAGGCCGUCCAUGAGUUUGCCAAGGAGCUGGAUGCUUCCUGUAUCGCCAUCGACAAGGUGGUGGGAGCAGGUGAGUUUGGGGAGGUGUGCAGUGGUCGUCUGCGUCUGCCCAGUAAGAAGGAGAUCUGUGUGGCAAUCAAGACACUGAAGGCAGGAUACACCGACAAACAGAGGCGGGACUUCCUGUCCGAGGCGUCAAUCAUGGGACAGUUUGACCAUCCAAACAUCAUCAGGCUGGAGGGAGUGGUCACCAGGAGUAAACCUGUGAUGAUAGUGACUGAAUACAUGGAAAAUGGAUCCUUGGACAGCUUUCUGAAAAAACAUGAUGCCCAGUUUACUGGUAUCCAGUUGGUGGGCAUGCUGCGUGGCAUCGCGUCAGGCAUGAGGUACCUGUCUGACAUGGGUUACGUCCACAGGGACCUGGCCGCUCGUAAUAUCCUGGUGAACAGCAACCUGGUGUGUAAGGUGUCUGACUUCGGCCUGUCCAGAGUCCUGGAGGACGACCCCGAGGCAGCUUACACCACACGGGGAGGUAAGAUCCCUAUCAGGUGGACAGCUCCAGAGGCCAUCUCCUACAGGAAGUUCACCUCGGCCAGCGAUGCCUGGAGCUACGGCAUCGUGCUCUGGGAAGUGAUGUCAUACGGGGAGCGGCCUUACUGGGAGAUGUCCAAUCAGGACGUGAUCAAAGCGGUGGAUGAGGGCUACAGACUGCCUCCUCCUAUGGACUGUCCUGCAGCUCUGUACCAGCUGAUGUUGGACUGCUGGCAGAAGGAGAGGAACAACAGACCCAAGUUUGAACAGAUCGUCAGCAUCCUGGAUAAACUCAUACGCAACCCUGGGAGCCUGAAGAUCACAGCCAACACCUCAUCCAGGCCAGCCAACCUGCUUCUGGACAGGAGUAGUUCUGAGGUGGUUCCAUCGUUGGACACCAUGGGGGAUUGGUUGGACAGCGUGAGGACUCUGCCCUGUAAGGAGGCCUUCUCUGGGGUCAGCUACAGCUCCUGUGACACCCUGCCCAAGACCUCCGCAGAGGACCUAAAGAAGGUUGGUGUGACUAUCGUCGGCCCUCAGAAGAACAUUGUGAGCAGCAUCAAAGCACUAGAGAGCCACAGUAAGAAUGGCCCUGUCCCAGUCUAACCCAACCAAGCCACUAGAGAUCCACAGAUUGGCUGACUGGCUGCCCUCUGGCCCCCGUUCCAUUCUGAAUGAAGCCCGUCUGGCCCCCGUUCCAAUCUGAAUGAAGCCAUUCUGGGUCCCAAUCCAUUCUGAAUGAAGCCCAUCUGGGCCCCGUUACAUUCUAAAUGAAGACCCUCUGGACCCUGUUCCAUUCUGAAUGAAGCCCAUCUGGGCCCUGUUCCAUUCUAAAUGAAGACCCUCUGGACCCUGUUCCAUUCGGAAUGAAGCCCUUCUGUGCCCCGUUUCGUUCUGAAUUAAAGUGUCUACUUUUCAGUUCCUCCCUCCACGUCUGUGGACGUUUCAAUUAGGUUCAUUCCACGAGGGAGCCCUCCCCUGUCGAGGUGUAGUGAUAGGACGGGCUCAUAGCACUUAGAACAACCCUCUGAUCUCUGUAACAUGCAGGAGGAAGUCCCAAACUAAAGGAGGAAGUAGACAUUAGAAAAGUGGUGCAGCGGAGGACAACAGCUCUGAGGUUUGAUGAUGUCACCAUGAUAUCAUGCCCUUACCCUGAAUCCAGGGCAAGCAGUCAGACCGAUAGACAGACCAACCCUUCGACACUCCGCACCAUUGCUGAGAUGCCUUACUGAGAACACAGGAAAGAGGGAGAUAACCUGGCCUUGGACCUUAAGGGCAUGAGGAUAAAGGGCUGGAGCUGGGAUUGGAGAACCUGGGACAGCAGGGCCCUGUUUGUGACUUAUCGUGGAAAGGGGCUUGUUGAGAACUGAACCAGUCGUGAUCUGAUCCUGUGGAUUUGACUGACAGUUUUUAAGCUCUGGAGAGGAAAACUUUAAAUGCCUUGAGUAGAACAACGCAGACAGCAGCAGCAAUCCACAUCAACCUGGAGCAGACGAAGCACACCUGGAGACUCCCACCACUGAAGACCCCACUCUCUCUCACAGAGAAGGACUGAUACUACUGUGUGUGUGCGUGUGUGUGUGUGUGUGUGUGUGUGUGUGUGUGUGUGUGUGUGUGUGUGUGUGUGUGUGUGUGUGUGUGUGUGUGUGUGUGUGUGUGUGUGUGUGUGUGUGUGUGUGUGUGUGUGCGUGCGUGCGUGUGUGUAUGCACCCAUGUCUCUGCAUGUGAGUGUGAAGGUAUACUCAAGAGAAAAUCAGCUUGAGAAGGAAGCCAAACCAUUUGAUGGGCACCCAGACUAGAAUAAGCCAUUUAUCCCAUAGCUAUAGACUAAUGUCUGCAAACAGUCAAUGUCAAACAGAGAGCAAUAAUCAUAACAAUCAGUUUAUCAGUUUGAUCAACCUGAAGUCAUGAGUCUCAGACCUGUACAGUUUGCUCUGAUGGUAAACAGGACAUAUCAGACCACAGAACUGUAACUAACUACUACCUGUCUGCUUACCAUACAGAACUGUAACUAACUACUACCUGUCUGCUUACCAUACAUACAGUUGAAGUCGUAACUUUUUUUUCCCUGACAUUUAAUCCUAGUAAAAAUUUCCUGUUUUAGGUCAGUUAAGAUUACCACUUUUUUUUAAGAAUGUGAAAUGUCAGAAUAAUAGUAUAGAGAAUUAUUUAUUUCAGCUUUUAUUUCUUUCAUCACAUUCCCAGUGGGUCAGAUGUUUACAUGCACUCAAUUAGUAUUUGGUAGCAUUGUCUUUAAAUUGUUUAACUUGGGUCAAACGUUUCGGGUAGCCUUCCACAAGCUUCCCACAAUAAGUUGGGUGAAUUUUGUCCCAUUCCUCCUGACAGAGAUGGUGUAACUGAGUCAGGUUUGUAGGCCUCCACACACUUUUUCUGUUCUGCCCACACAUUUUCUAUAGGAUUGAGGUCAGGGCUUUCUGAUGGCCACUCCAAUACUUUGAUUUUGUUGUCCUUAAGCCAUUUUGCCACAACUUUGGAAGUAUGCUUGAGGUCAUUGUCCAUUUGGAAGACCCAUUUGCGACCAAGCUUUAACUUCCUGACUGAUGUCUUGAGAUGUUGCUUUCAUAUAUCCACAUAAUUUUCCUGUCUCAUGAAGCCAUCUAUUUUGUGAAGUGCACCAGUCCCUCCUGCAGCAAAUCACCCCCACAACAUGAUUGGGAUGGUGUUCUUCGGCUUGCAAGCCUCCCCCUUUUCCUCCAAACAUAGCGAUGGUCAAUAUGGACAAACAGUUAUAUUUUUGUGUCAUCAGACCAGAGGAUGUUUCUCCAAAAACUACGAUCUUUGUCCCCAUGUGCAGUUGGAAACCGUAGUCUGGCUUUUAUAUGGCGGUUUUGGAGCAGUGGCUUUUUCCUCUCUGAGCGGCAUUUCAGAUUAUGUCGAUAUAGGACUCGUUUUACUGUGGAUAUAGAUACUUGUGGAACCUGUUUCAUCCAGCAUCUUCACAAGGUCCUUUGCGGUUGUUCUGGGAUUGAUUUGCACUUUUCGCACCAAAGUACGCUCAUCUCUAGGAGGCAGAACGCGUCUCCUUCCUGAGCGGUAUGAUGGCUGCGUGGUCCCAUGGCGUUUAUACUUGUGUACUAUUGCUUAUACAGAUGAACGUGGUACCUUCAGGCAUUUGGAAUUUGCUCCCAAGGAUGAACCAGACUUGUGGAGGUCUACAUUUUUUUCUGAGGUCUUGGCUUAUUUCUUUUGAUUUUCCCAUGAUGUCAAGCAAAGAGGCACUGAGUUUGAAGGUAGGCCUUGAAAUACAUCCACAGGUACACCUCCAAUUGACUCAAAUUAUGUCAAUUAGCCUAUCAGAAGCUUCUUUCUGGAAUUUUCCAAGCUGUUAAUAGGCACAGUCAACUUAGUGUAUGUAAACUUCUGACUUCUGAAUUGUGAUACUGUGAAUUAUAAGUGAAAUAAUCUUUCUGUAAACAAAAUUAUUUGUGUCAUGCACAAAGUAGAUGUCCUAACCGACUUGCCAAAACUAUAGUUUGUUAACAAGAAACUUGUGGAGUGGUUGAAAAACUAGUUUUAAUUACUCCAACCUAAGUGUAUGUAAACUUCUGACUUCAACUGUAUCUGUAACUAACUACCACCCUUCUGCUUAUCAUACAGAACUGUAACUAACUACCACCUGUCUGCUUAUCAUAGAGAACUGUAUCUAACUACCACCUGUCUGCUUAUCAUACAGAACUGUAACUAACUACCACCUGUCUGCUUAUCAUACAGAACUGUAUCUAACUACCACCUGUCUGCUUAUCAUACAGAACUGUAUCUAACUACCACCUCUCUGCUUAUCAUACAGAACUGUAACUAACUACCACCUGUCUGCUUAUCAUACAGAACUGUAUCUAACUACCACCUGUCUUCUUAUCAUACAGAACUGUAACUAACUACCACCUGUCUGCUUAUCAUACAGAACUGUAACUAACUACCACCUGUCUGCUUAUCAUACAGAACUGUAACUAACUACCACCUGUCUGCUUAUCAUACAGAACUGUAUCUAACUACCACCUGUCUUCUUAUCAUACAGAACUGUAACUAACUACCACCUGUCUGCUUAUCAUACAGAACUGUAACUAACUACCACCGGUCUGCUUAUCAUACAGAACUGUAACUAACUACCACCUGUCUGCUUAUCAUACAGAACUGUAUCUAACUACCACCUGUCUGCUUAUCAUACAGAACUGUAUCUAACUACCACCUGUCUUCUUAUCAUACAGAACUGUAACCAACUACCACCUGUCUGCUUAUCAUACAGAACUGUAACUAACUACCACCUGUCUGCUUAUCAUACAGAACUGUAACUAACUACCACCUGUCUGCUUAUCAUACAGAACUGUAACUAACUACCACCUGUCUGCUUAUCAUACAGAACUGUAUCUAACUACCACCUGUCUGCUUAUCAUACAGAACUGUAUCUAACUACCACCUGUCUGCUUAUCAUACAGAACUGUAUCUAACUACCACCUGUCUGCUUAUCAUACAGAACUGUAACUAACUACCACCUGUCUGCUUAUCAUAUAGAACUGUAUCUAACUACCACCUGUCUGCUUAUCAUACAGAACUGUAACUAACCACCACCUGUCUGCUUAUCAUACAGAACUGUAUCUAACUACCACCUGUCUGCUUAUCAUACAGAACUGUAACUAACUACCACCUGUCUGCUUAUCAUACAGUAGGUGAUGAUGCAUAACUCCAAGCUGCCUAGUUCCUAGUCCUAAUGUGAAAUCUCAGGAUGUGUGUUAUUCAUUCAAACUGAAACAGGAUAGAGAGAAAGGAGAGGGAGAGAGAGAGGUAGAAGUAGAGAGAGAUGUAGAGGGAGUGAGAAAAAGAGAGAGAGCUGUAGAGAUAAUGAAAAAGAUGGAGAGAGAGCGAGGUAGAGAGAGAAUACCAUGCUGACUUCUUCAGAGCGUAUUCUGCUCUGUAAGGUAGAAGAUGAAAAUGAACAACACUAUCCCACAGCUCUUCCAAUGCUAUCUUCUAACACUGGUGGGUAUAUAUCACACCUCUCUAGAUAAAGCGAGCAUCUGAGUGUAUUGCAUCGCUACAGUAGAUAAGGAUUCUCUCUGAUCUGAACAGUGUAUGUGUGUGUUGUUUGUAUGUGUCUGUGUGCGUGUGUGUGAUAACACCUCCGUCCAUCCCCUGCCCGCCCUUAGCUGCUGUUACGUGUUCUGUAUGGCAUGUACAUAUGUAAAACAACUGUGUGUCCAUAUCUACAAGCAGGACAGUCUCCUUCCAUAGCCAACCCUUUGUACAAAUGUUUCUAUGUAUAAAAGAAUGAACAGAAAUAUCUGUGCAACAUUUUAAAAAGACAAACAUUCUUUGUAUUAUAUUUCAUGUUAUUUUGUAUUAUAUUUGUUUUUUUUACAUAAAAGAAAAGCAAUUAUAAUAACCUAUUAUUUAUUGUUAACAUAUACUGUGCAAAAGUGUAAUGUUUUUUUUUGUAGCAUACUGUAAUCUAUGACAUGGUUGGUUCUGUGACAGCGUCUUCAGUGUGGAAGAGCAAUACUGUUAUGCACCCCAUCCUUACUCUUUUUGCUUUUUUUUAGAUGAAUGCGUGUGUGCGCCGGUAUGUGUGUGUGCUUGUGUGUGUGGGCAUGCGAGUGUGUGCGUACGACAUGCUUGCGUGCGUAAAAGCCUUGUCUACUAAUGUAAAAUGAUUUGUAGUGGAAACAUUUAUAUUUUUAUAAUAAACAUUCUCAAAAUAUUUGCAAAAAAAUGAA